AACGGCGCAUUGUUUUAUCUGUUGUGUGCUUCCGAAUGAAGUGCUCGUUAACCCCCGCCCCGGAAGAACCCACCUCCACAAUCUUUCUUCCAUGUCGAGAUGGGCCACUUAGUCUCUUGCCCCUACGAGAGAAAGCGGAUCUCUCAAGAUCAUCAACCAGACGCUUACACUUAUCAGCCCCUGCCCGAUGGGACCAUCCGAAUCUUGACGCUAUGGGGCGGAAAUCCCGACGACCCGCUUACGGGGGUGCUCGAGCUCGUUGCCGUCGACGAAGCCGGGGCUUACGAGCCUCUCUCGUACGUUUGGGGAGAUAACACGCUCACGCACGAGAUACGCCUGCCCGACGCAGAGCUCCGCAUCACGUCGAGCUUAUACCACGCCCUGCGGCGGCUCCGAUUGCAAACGGGGCUGCGGCGCGUGUGGGCCGACCAGAUCUGCAUCAACCAAAGCGAUAAGCUAGAGAGGUCGCAACAGGUGCAGUUUAUGAACCGGAUUUACCGCACCGGGAGCAGCAUACAGGUCUGGCUCGGCCUCGACGACCAGCAUCAGGCGGAAGAGGCUUUCGGCUUUGUGCGAAAGCUGGCCGGGCUCCUCGCCGAUAAGAAGCAUCCUAUUUUCAGGACUGCCAGCACCGACGAUCUGGCCGAACAAUCGGCCUGGAAACCCCUGAAAAACAUAACGAGUCUCCCAUGGUUCCAACGCGGCUGGGUCGUCCAGGAGAUCGGCACCAAGGCGCCUGCAACCCUGCUUUGGGGGAAAGCAGAAAUGGCCUGGGAAGAGCUGCACUACGUGUGCGAGGAGCUCGCAGAACACCAUCACCUGAGGCUCAAGUUCAAGGUGGGGACGUCGGAGAUCAAGUACCUUUACCGCCGUUUCGUCGAGCCCGAGAAAACUAGCCGGCACGACAACCGCUUCAGCUUUAUCUACGAGCUCCACCGUGCAAGGCACCUAAAGGUCAGCGACCAGCGAGACCGCGUGUUCGCCAUACUGGGCCACUACUCCCUCUGCGCGGGACGCAACAGCGAGCUGAAGGCGCUGGAGGCGGACUACUUGAGCUCGGUCGAGAAAGUUUACACCGAAGUUGCCGUGAGAGCCCUGACCGGGGACGGCGAGUCUCUCAUCACCCUUGGGGCCGUGCAGCAUACGAAACUCUCUUCCGCGGCUGAAACUCCGCAGGGGCAAGGGGGGCAUGCGCUGCCGUCGUGGGCGCCGGACUGGAGAACCCACCACGGACAUAUCAUGUCGGAGCCCACCAGCCCUCACCGCGCCUGCGGCCCGACGAAGCCCAGUCUGAACAUCCACGAUUCAAAGGUGCUCGAGAUUCGCGGGAUAGAGAUGGACCGGAUCGAGGCCUGCUCCGGCCUGCUGCAAAAGGGAGCGUUUCACGGCCGGAAAGCCGCCGAAGGGGACAGGGCGCGGGCCGCAGUCGAGGUCCUAUGGACGGACAUCUGCGGGAAGACAAACGGCUUUGAUGCCAGCGACGAGUAUGCCGGCGGGGGAAUGGGGACCAGCAGCUUUUUCGCCUAUACUCAGACGCUAAGCAAUGGCUGCAUGGCCAUUUAUUGGCAGGACCACGCCCUCGAGGAUUACGGCGCCGUCCCACAGGGGAAAUGGCUCGCGCACGCCGCCGCCUACCUCACCACCGUGGUGGACAGGGCGGCCAUCUCUCCCGAGCUCCGCUCGCUGGCCGAUCAGGGAGACGCACAAAAAUGGGGCCGUGCGGCGACCGGCGCGUCGAGCGAGCGAAAGUUUGCCCGGACGACCAAGGGGUACUAUGUGAUGGGGCCGGGGGUCAUGGAGAAGGGCGACGUUGUCUGCGUGCUCUUCGGCGGGAAAAUGCCGUUUUGUCUCCGCCCCCUUCUAGGCUCUCAGCACUACUUGCUGGUUGGAGAGUGCUAUAUCCACGGGCUUAUGAAUGGGGAGGCUGUGGACAUGCUUGAUAGGGGAAAAGCUCGCGAGGAGGUAUUCAGGGUUGUUUAACCGGACGCUGGUCUUAUGUUCUUAUGUGUUCUUCUUAUGUUCACCUCUAGACUGUAGUGCCAAAGAAAAAAAAGCUCCUGCUUACAGUUGUG